AGUUUCGAACGCAUCUCAAAAUGUCAAAUGUGGACAGAUUUCAGAGAUUUCAGAUUUGACGGUUUGACAGAUGUCAAAGGGGAAAUCUUUUUUUCUGCAUACGCAUACAAAGAUGGUUUUGCUGGACAAUUCCUCGUUCAUAAUCCGAUUGGAGAAGUUCGCAAAUGCUGCGAAGAAAGACUCGUCUUUCUCUGUGACAUUCAAACGUUAUAAUGGGCACGAUAAACCCAAACCAAGGGAAGGACGGCCGGCUUUACCCGAACCAGAAACGUAUAUGUGUCUUAUGAGAGCACAGACGAAGUCAAAGAAGAUUUCCACAAUUGUGCGUCAAGAAGAUGUUCCCAAAAUGAUGAAUAUGUAUGCGCAGUUCAUGAAGAGCAAUAUGGAUGGUUUAAAACGCGUCAAGAAAGUGAAAAGCAAAGCGAAGGCUGCCAAGGGAUAAACAAAGUUUUAAGACCAUUUUUAGGUUCUAAUUAGUCUAUAACCUUCUUAUUUGUUUAUAAAUAGUAUGACAAACUGAAUUAUUGCAUUUAGAAAGCAGUAAUUAUUAAAAACAGCUGCAGUUUUCUAGCUUGUAGUCCACUAAUAUGAAAGGAAUACUAAACCAAUAACAAAACAAAAUAAUUUUUGUAAUUGAAAUGAAAAUGUAAAAUGAAAACGAGAAUAUAUUUGCACACCGAACAUUAAGCUUACAUGUAAUCAGACUAAU